AUACAGAAACGCCUAGCUUCUGGAAUCAGACACCGUCCGCAACACAAACAGCAUGACCAGAUCCUCCGUCCUCGCAGAUGCGCUCAAUGCCAUCAACAACGCUGAAAAGUCUGGUAAGAGACAAGUCUUGAUCAGACCAUCGUCCAAGGUGAUCAUCAAGUUCUUGACCGUCAUGCAAAAGCACGGCUACAUCGGUGAGUUCGAAUACAUCGACGACCACAGAUCCGGCAAGAUCGUCAUCCAGUUGAACGGUAGAUUGAACAAGUGUGGUGUCAUCCAGCCAAGAUUCAACGUCAAGAUCAACGACGUCGACAGAUGGACCGACAACUUGUUGCCAGCUAGACAAUUUGGUUACGUUAUCAUGACCACCUCUGCCGGUAUCAUGGACCACGAAGAAGCAAAGAGAAAGCACGUUUCCGGUAAGAUCUUGGGUUUCGUUUACUAAGCGUGUCUCCUGCAUCGCCCUGCACACCCUACAUGUACCACUAAAUCCCAACCACUGCUACAUAUGUAUUCUCUAUAAUCCUAAUACAGCAAUAUAGACCUCAUAUCCAACUUGUCUGUCCACCCUGCCCC